AUGUCCCUCGGUCGACUCGUCAAGGAACAUCAGACAAAGAACGCUGCUCUGAAGCGGGAAAGCGAACACUUGCGUAAGGAGGCGAUUCAAAGCGUAGGGCAGUUCUCUGACGCCAUCGCAGAUACUCUCAGUGGGAGGGUAUCACAAGUAUUUCUCAAUCAAAAGGACCUGGAGCAGGAGGCAAGGAAUCUCUCAUUACAGACUGCACGCUACUCGAAGCAGACAGCUCAAUGGCUUGCACUGGUGGAUCAGUUUGGCUCAGCACUCAAGGAGCUUGGUGAUGUGCAGAACUGGGCCGAAGUCAACCCCAAAGCCUGGCCCCUUGCCGAUGCCGCUCUCACCAACUCGAUCAUGGAUUUGGUCCAGCAGGCCUCCCACUACAAGCAGCUCAAGAAGGGAGCCAACGAGGCCACCAAGACCCUCAACCGUGGUAUUGCCGAGUUCAUCGUCAUGACUGCUGACACCGAGCCCAUUGAGAUUCUGCUCCACUUGCCUCUUCUCUGCGAGGACAAGAACGUUCCCUAUGUCUUUGUCCCCUCCAAGACUGCCCUCGGUCGCGCCUGUGGUGUCUCGCGCCCCGUCAUUGCUGCCUCCGUCACCUCUAACGAGGGCUCUGACCUUAAGGCCCAGAUCUUGGCUAUCAAGCUCCAGAUCGAGAAGCUCUUGAUCUAA